UGUUGACGGGAGCGUAGAUGGUAUUGUUUCGUUCUCGCAGUUUCAGUCCAUUAGUCACGCAGCCUCCUGAAGUAGACAUCUUGCUUCCGCCACGAAGGGGUGCUUAGGGAAUUCCGCGUGUCUAAGGCGUGUGUGUUUUCCUUUUCGACCAGGGGUCCAAGUUCACUAUCGUUACUAUCGCUACAAGCGUUUGUAUUAAUGUGAUAUACCGUCUAUGGUGUCCUAGCUCGCGUGAAAAACGAUAGCAACGAAAGCGUUGUCGAAGACGUAGCUGACCCGCGGCUAAAGAAGAAGCCAGGUACCACGCUGUCGCGUGUCUGCUCUGCUCCCCAAUUUUCAGCUAAGUGUAUGUGAAAAAAUCUAGUACCAGAGCCCAGUUACAGUUUCUGGGAUAGUACCGAGAUCCCGUCAAAGUACUGUUUUCUUGCAGGAAGACUAAGACUGUCAGGGUGCAGCCAGUCGACUUCUGCAAACAUCAAGUUCUCCCGGCAUCGCCAGCGCCGGUGACGACCCGGACUCCUUGAGGCUCAUACUCCAAAAGAGCGCUAGCACUAAAGCAAGACCUCGUCGGUAAACAUCUUGACAGUCAGAUUGCAACUUGCACUGAGCCUGACUGAGUGCUGUUGAACCUUCUGAAGAUCCACCAUCUCAGUGCUGGACCGUAUCAUAUUUGAUCCUAGAUCUUGGAAAAAACAAUCUCACGGAGCCUUCCUUGGAGUUCGGUACACCGAGCGCAUAGUACUUCUAUUCGUUGUUGCCGUUAUUGUUGUUAUUUCCUACUAUUGUUACUCUCUCCUGCCCCACUUUAUUCCUAGCUGCCAUCCUAGCGUGCGUGUGUGUCGUGUGUUAGCCAUUCAGAACUGUAAGCAAAGUGCGGGGUAUGUGCUAAUAGUGCGUGAAAUUGGAUUGCGAUUGAAUUUUUAAACCAGCGUGCCCAGCAGGUGUCAACAGUUGUUGAGCAGUUUCAAGUGGAUAGAACGUUUACCCGCCAGCCAAUAGGAGCAGAAGUAAACAAAACAGCCGCAUCCCAAUCAUCUUUAGUAUCAGCAAUAACAACAAGGUGGCUUCGAGUGGGCGUGUGUGAAUGCUUCUAAGUGCUUUGUUAAUCUAUUCUACAUUAGUUUGUGCUAGUUAAGUGACAAGAAAUUAGAAAGAAUUAGAUUUAUGAUAUUUGCAAUUUAAGGACUUAAAUCGACAAGCAACAAAAGAAGAUAAUUAUUCUAAGUGAAACUAAUUGCAAGUCAUUUCAUACAACCUAAGAAUUUAGAAAACAAGAGGUUAAUAUAAAUAAGAAAUAAUUUAAUAAUUAAAUAAUUUAAUAAUCAACCCCGCCCUUUCUUCUUUCUCCGAUAUAGAAAAUAUGUUAAUAUAAAUAUUGAAAUCAAUCAUUUCUUCGACGAAACAGUGCGUGCGUGUGUGCUGAUCUACUAAAAUUAAACAAAUAUAAAAUACAUAUUAAACCAUAAAAUAAAUAAUUUAUAAAAUAUUUACAAAUAUAUUUACAUAUACAUCUAAAGGAUACACUUAAUCCGCUACAAAAAUUCAAUCUAAUAAUUAUUAAAAUAAUAAAUUAAAGUACUCUAAAAUAAACAAAUAAAAUAUUUAAAAAAAUGUCAUCAAACAGUCAAACGACACAACCACACUCUCAAACCGCUAAUCAACCAUCAUCGCAAAAUCAACAAACGAAUCAACAGCAACCGCAACAAACUAAUCAACAGCAACAGCAAAAUCAACAGAAAAAAUCUUCAACGACGGAUCGUGUUAUAGACAGCGUCCUAUUUCCACCAAGCCAUAAACUUACAAUAGCAGAAGUUUUCGAUUCACGAACCGGUAAACCAUAUCCAGAUGUACUUAAACAGCAUUUUAUACUUGAAGGUAGAAUUGAAGAGGCGGCCGCCCUACGAAUUAUACAAGAAGGGGCGGCAUUACUUAAAGCGGAAAAAACAAUGAUUGACAUUGAAGCUCCUGUAACAGUGUGUGGUGAUAUUCACGGGCAAUUUUAUGAUUUAAUGAAAUUAUUUGAAGUUGGCGGACCACCUUCAACGACAAAAUAUCUUUUUCUCGGUGACUACGUAGAUCGAGGUUAUUUUAGCAUUGAGUGUGUCCUGUAUUUAUGGGCUUUAAAAUUAUGUUAUUCAACAACAUUAUUUCUAUUACGUGGCAAUCAUGAGUGUCGACAUUUAACAGAAUAUUUCACCUUUAAGCAAGAAUGUAAAAUAAAAUAUUCAGAGCGAGUAUAUGAUGCAUGUAUGGAAGCAUUCGAUUGUUUACCAUUAGCUGCACUAAUGAAUCAACAAUUUUUAUGUGUACAUGGCGGGUUAUCUCCGGAAAUUCAUGAGUUAGAUGAUAUACGAAGGCUUGAUAGGUUUAAAGAGCCUCCAGCAUUUGGACCAAUGUGUGAUUUGCUGUGGUCCGAUCCACUAGAUGAUUUCGGCAAUGAAAAGAACGCUGAUUUCUAUUCACACAAUUCAGUUAGAGGUUGUUCAUACUUUUACAGUUACGCAGCCUGUUGUGAUUUCUUACAAAAUAAUAAUUUAUUAUCGAUCAUUCGAGCCCACGAAGCGCAGGACGCAGGCUAUCGAAUGUAUAGGAAAAGUCAAACUACGGGAUUUCCAUCACUUAUAACAAUAUUCUCAGCACCAAAUUAUCUGGAUGUUUAUAAUAAUAAAGCCGCAGUUCUUAAGUAUGAAAAUAAUGUCAUGAAUAUUAGACAAUUCAAUUGUUCACCACAUCCGUAUUGGCUUCCAAAUUUCAUGGAUGUGUUUACGUGGUCGUUGCCUUUUGUGGGUGAAAAGGUAACAGAAAUGCUGGUCAAUGUGUUAAAUAUUUGUUCGGAUGAUGAACUCAUGUCGGAAGGAGAUGAUGCUCUAGAAGAAGCACUAAGGCAAAAAAUUGUUCUAGUACCGGUAAGACGUGCAAAUGUAGCCAAUCUUCGCAAGGAGGUCAUAAGAAAUAAAAUACGGGCUAUCGGAAAAAUGGCACGUGUAUUUUCUGUUUUGAGGGAGGAGUCAGAAUCAGUUCUACAGCUGAAGGGAUUAACGCCAACUGGUGCAUUACCCCUGGGAGCGCUAUCAGGUGGAAAGACAUCUCUUAAAAACGCGCUUCAAGGAUUCUCACCAAAUCACAAGAUUACAUCAUUUGCUGAAGCAAAGGGUCUAGAUGCAAUCAAUGAGCGAAUGCCGCCACGAAAGGAUGCACCACCCACGCCUAGUGAAGAUCAAAAGUUACCAUCAUCGGGAGCUACAACACCACUAAACGUGACCGCAGUCAAUGAUAAUCGAAACAAUCAUUCUUCGUGAAUCUAUAGACAUUGAGAUAACAAAUCCAGAAAAAUUAAACGCUAUUAUUACCGAAGAAGAUGGAACAGUUUCAACAUCGGAGAGAAAACGGAUAGAUAACUAAUUAAAAAAAAAAAGAGAAAUGAAAAUCAACAAGCAAAUAUACGUUUAAUUAAGAAAAAUAUUAUUCGAGGAAUAUAAAUUAAUAAAUUUAAAAUGAAGAAAAAAGCAAACAAAGAUUUAAAUUGGAUGAAUUACAAAGAAAAAAAAAUAUUUAAAAUAAAUUAUUAAAUUGAAAAUAUUUAAAAGAAGUGAAAAGAACGAUUUCAAGAUUAUCAUUUCUUUAAAAAGACCAGAAUGUCCCAAUUUGAGUACUUUUUUUUUUAGAAAGAGAAACUAAAGCUUAGAGUGGUAAAAUUUGAAAAUAAACAGAUACAACAGAUUAUUGAAUAUAAAUACAAAGCAUAACAGAAAAAAUAAAUAAAUCUUCACGGAAAGAAGGCGAUGGAAUUUACGAAUACUUUUAAUAUGUUCAAAAUGAAUUUAAAUAAAAUAAAAAAUUUACAUUAGUUUACAAUAAAAGUGAACAACAAAAAUAUAUAUAUACAAGUUUGAAAUAAA